AUGAAGGAAGUCAUCGCCCCUUUUAUCCGCUCAACUACCGAUAUCCUUGGUCAGAGUCACAAUAAAGACACCCUCGCGAAGAAGCUCUCCACUUCGUCCAAUGUCGCGACGAAGGGAAGCCUCGCGGCAACUACUGUCGCUGCCGAGUCCUUGAAGAAGAAGGCUACGUCACCGUACAUUCACGACUUGUCUGUUAAGACUAUCCUCGAAAGCCGUGUCAUUGAUUAUGAUCCUGAGGACGAUACCGCGGAAGAUGCUUUCUUUGUAGGUGACAUGGGAGAGAUCAAGCGCCAGCAUGAUCAGUGGAACCGCCUUCUUCCUCGCGUGGAGCCUUUCUACGCUGUCAAAUGCAACCCCAACGAAACCAUCUUGAACACUCUCGCCAACCUCGGCACCGGCUUUGACUGCGCCAGCAAGGGCGAGAUCCAGAUGGCCUUGGACCAAGGAGUCGAUCCUUCCAAGAUCAUCUACGCAAACCCAUGCAAGCAGGUGUCCCACAUUCGUUUCGCCCUGAACGCCGGGGUCCGCAUGAUGACCUUUGACAAUGCCGACGAGCUCCGCAAGAUCAAGCUUAUCCACCCCACCGCUCAGAUGGUCCUCCGUAUCUUGACGGACGAUUCUCGAUCCAUCUGCAAGCUAGGCACCAAGUUCGGCGCGUCUCAGGCUGCCGUUCCCCACCUCUUGAAGACGGCUCGCGAGCUCGACAUGGAUGUCAUUGGCAUCUCGUUCCACGUCGGUAGCGGCUGCUUCGACGCUCAGGCCUUUGGUGACGCUGUCGCCUUGGCUCGCAGGGCGUUCGACGAGGGCAAGAACCACGGUUACGAGUUCAGCCUUCUCGAUGUCGGUGGCGGUUUCCCCGGCAACAACGCCGAGGGAGUCAACUUCCACCAGAUUGCGGCCAUCCUCGGCCCGGCCAUCGACCGCUACUUUGGCCCCGAGAUCCGCGUCAUCGCCGAGCCUGGCCGCUACUACGUCUCCUCGGCCUUCACCCUCGCGGUGAACGUCAUCGCUCGUCGUGAGAUCGACGCAUCCGGCGAUGACCACCCCUACUUCAUGUACUACGUCAACGACGGCAUGUACGCCUCCUUCAACUGCCUCACCUUCGACCACGCCAUCGUGACUCCCCGCGUCCUCGCUCGCGCCAACCAGUUCCUCUACAACCAGCCCACCACCGGCAGCGAGAGCGAGUUCCCCUGCAGCAUCUGGGGCCCGACUUGCGACUCGAUCGACUGCAUCGGCAAGAAAUUCUCCCUCCCCGAACUGCAAGUCGGCGACUGGCUCAACUUUGACAAUAUGGGCGCUUAUACCAUGUGUGCGGCGAGCGAGUUCAACGGGUUCAAGAAAUCCAAGAUUAUUUUUACGAACACUGAGGAGGGCGCUGUUACUAUCUAG